AUGCCUCCGAGAAUACGCCGGCGGAUCACGACCGCACGGCGUGAGCAGAUUGAAGAGGAGCAGCGGAAGCUUGAGAAGCAGGUGGUGCGGCCGUUCGAUGUGAUUAAUGGUCUCCCGGUGUCGUUUAAGCCGCCCGGCGAUUACGACGAAGUUUUGAAGCAACCGUUGACGGUGAAGGACUCUGGGGUCCUCUACCGACUGCUCCUCAAAUCCCGCUAUAAUUACGCCAACGUGGCGCCAAUGUUUCGCCUUCAUUGGCUUCGUCAAUCAAACUACCAGCGAAAAAUGGCAGAAUUGGGUAAAGAAAUCCCCGAAGAUAAAGAGAAUCCCGCGCUUGUGGGUGGUCGCCAGCCCGUGCUUGGCUACGAAGUGUCGGCGCGUGACUCGAUGGUCAAACUCCACGACGCCACCCUCACCAUCGGCCCUCACAACUUUGAGGUGCGGCUAUUUAUCGCCAAAGAUGCUCGCAGUGACAAAAAGGAGCUCGAAGCGAAAAGGGAGGAGGCUAAGCUCCUCAAAAAAGACCAGAAAAAGAACAUGCCGCCGUCAGAAGCGGGCCCGCCCCGCCCUCGCGUAGCCUCUGUCCAUCGCAGCACCCUGUCUGAGCCGGUGACGGACCCGGCACUUCUGUCGAUGGCUCCCGGGGGCACUCGUCAUCAGCCAGCCAAACCAGCAGUGGCGCAACCGCCCGGCAUGGACUCACCGGAUAACGUGGUGAUGAUCAGUAACCUUAACGCCAUCGCCCGCACCGAUGAGCUGUUGAAUGCGCUCAUGAAGGUGGUGGCUCUGGGGAAGGCCAGUGCUGCGCAAAUUGUCACGUUCCAGGAAUAUAUCAAGCGAGCGAAAGACAUGGGUCCUCAGCCGCAUCAUGCUCAUUUGUAUCCUGGGGGUGUCCUCCCUAAACUGGCAGUGCCAGUGAACCCUCCGGCACCACUGCCGCAACCAGUACAGUCCCCGCCUAUGCAGAUGCCGUUGAGUGGUAUGGCAGGCACGCAGCCGUUACCGCCGCGACCCGAACCAAAGAUCGAGCCUCCUCCUCCUGCCGAACCAGAAGAAGGUGAGGGUUCUGAUGCCGAGAAAAGCGAUAAAGAAGGAAGCGGAAGUGAUCGCGACGAUGAUGAUGGCGAAAACUCCAAGAAAGAAGACUCGGAGGAGGCAGAAACAAACGACGCCACGCCGCUGCUGGCCACGCCUCACCCGCAACCGUCAUCGCCUCAUUCGCCAGCUCCAGGUCGCAGCAAAGUGCGCACUCCCCAACUGAGACAAUCGUCGCCAGCAUCGCCAGUACCGCAAGGGCAACAAGGUGGCGAUGAUCAGCAGCAAGCACCGACGCCCGCCCCCAAGGGUCAGCAAUUCGUGAACCCUAACUACCAAGGUUUGCAGAAUAUUGCACCGGGACAGUAUCCUCCUGGCUACGUACCGCGCCAGGUACGGCCGCAGCCCCCGCGGGUGUUGCUGAAGCUCCCCCGCGACAAGAAGCUUACGGCGUUCCAAGAACGCUAUCUCCACGACGCCACCCUCGUGUUUGAGUUUGUUGAAAACGCCAACGUGCGGUUCCAGCUUCCCAAGUGGGCGAUAACCGAGGUAAUUGAGCCGGAGACCCAGACCAACGCAGAUGAAAAUGGCGAUAAUCUGGAUACCCGCGACAUCAUUUGGCUGUUCUUCUGGAUACACAACCAACACGAGUUUGACGUGUACGAAGAGAAGAAGAAGAAAUACGAUGAUUAUCUUGCGGAAGUACUGCGGAUUGAAAAGGAAGCCGCUGAUAAGGAAGCGGCGGAGAAAGAAGCCGCUGAGAAGGAAGCCGCUGCUGCCAAAGAAGCUAAAGAAGGCGAAGACGACGGAGACGACAACGGUGCUGAACCUGAAGAAGAAGUUGCCCCAUUGCCACAGCGACGGGGUGGGCGGAAACCGCCACCUCGUCGCAAGCCUGCUAAAGGUCCCAAGCGCGUUGAACGCCCGGUGGAGCCUGAAGCCAGAUACACUCCGGUGCUGUUUACUAUUCACGGCAUCCCCUUCAAAUACGUGCCGAUGUACGUGAACCUGGCCUACGCUGUCGAUAAGGUGCAAGCGUACAUGCAGCGAAUCAUGGAUACUGGCGUGCGCACCAGUCCAUUCUACUUGUGGUACCAAGUCGACGGCAAGCUCGACGAACGCGUGGCCGAGCUGGUACGGCAGGAGCUUGUGGCCGAGGAGAAGCGGUUGCCCGGGGCCAUCGACUACAUUGGCAAGGAAAACGAAAAGAAGCGCAAGGCCAAGGAAAAGGCCGACAUGAAGAAGAAGAUCAAGAUGGAGGAGCAGGCACGCGAGAUACGCGAAAACCGCUAUGGCGCCAACCAAACGCCGCCGGGGACGCGGUCGCUACGCGUGAAAGCCGAGCCCGGCGUCGACCCCCUGCUUCGAUAG